UUCAAGGUUCUUUCCGAUUGAAUUGAUUCGAUUCGUUCAGUUGCUGUAGUCCAGACUACGUGUAGUUCAUGACCGGUUUUAUCAAUAAUUGCAAUCCCAAUGCUGCUCGCGGCAUUCUAUUUCAGGCUCAUUUAUUAUUAUACCUGAAAGGUGUUAUCCCUGUCUGUCUACUGGCUACCACUGCGGUUGUUGCAUGGGCACUAGCUAGCUACUAGUAUCUAGUUAUUAUUGGUAGGCAAGCAAAUCAUACUACAAGCCCAAACCCAACCAAGUGCUACUAACUACUAGCUACUAGUAUCUAGCCAUGAGCACCCCCACUCUUGCAAGCCCGGAUACCACCCAGCCAAUGCUAAACCACGAGUACGACGACGAGUUCGAGAACGAGUACGAGCACGAUCAGGUCCAGCAAAUCUUCACGAAAGAAAACGGCGACAAUGACGAAUCGAGCUGCAGCGCCAGCGGCGACUCCUCUUUGGACUCUUCUUGUUCUGCUUCUUCUUGUUCUGCUUCGUCGUCGUCCCUGUCAGAAGACGAAGACGAAUCUAGCUGUUGCACAGCAUUGCUCGAUCAGAUUGGCCAAGAGUUGCUCGUGCAGUGGUCCGUACCGCAGCAGAAUGCUAAACAGCAAGAUCAAGAUCAAGAUCAGGAGCUUCCAGCAGCAGCAGCUCGAAGGAAGAGUGCUGAUCAUGAGGAUAUUAGUAUGCAAGCUAUUUCGGUUGGUUUACGAGCGGCUGCGGAAAAAGCCAAGCUGCAGCGCGUAUCGUCGGGUUGUGGCGGGACUAGUACCUGCACCUCUUCCACUGCCAAUGAGGAUUCCUAUUCUGUAGACCACGAAGACGCACUAGAAGGUCCUGCGCAACCCGUAAACAAGUCCAGCAAGCAGCAACCGCAGCAGCAGCAGCAUGUGGAAAUUGACCUUCAAGAAAUCAUGAAGAUUCGAAUCACACGAAGCAGUAGUACAAAAACCUUGACUUCUUACGUGCAAGACAAGCCAAAUGCUGGUACCUGUGGAGCCACCAGAAGCUCCUGCGGGCGUUCCAUCGGAACCAUCGGAAGCAACCGUUGGGGGCUUAGUGAAUCGGACUACAAGCGUUUGGUGAUGGAUGACAAUCAUCCAGAGGCGCAAUUACACAAGAUUAUCACUAAAGAAGCCAAAAGCCAAAACAAGGAAAAUUCAUCCAAGGCCACAAAAGACCGGAGGAAAAAGACAUUGACCGUGCCAGAAUUGUCUCCGUCUUUCUGGGAACACUACUUUAUCCCCGUCACUCCGGAUCGAAUCAAAGCUUACACCAAGCAGGCUACCGAGGCCGUACGGGCGCAGGACAUUUCCAAAUUGCGGGAAAUCCUCGACAGAGACAUUGAAGCCGGCGUAGGUCGACAUGUCAUGGAUGCAUGCAAUGCACAAGGAGAAUCGGUACAGCAUUUGGCGGCCAGACGACACAGCGUCGAGUUGCUCAAGUUUUUGGUGCAGGAAGCUCAGGUAUCCCUCAAGGUCCGGGACGAUUGUGGCAAAACCACAUUGCACGAAUUGUGUUGGGCUCCUCGAGACCACAUCAAUCCGCAAUACUUUGAAGCGGUCCUCUUUGCUGUUCAGCAAUGUCCCGAACUCCUCUUUUGCCGGGACGAAAAAGGUUACUCACCCUUGUAUUACGUACCCAAGGAUGCCUGGGAGCUAUGGGCUCCGUUUCUCAAGGAAAACAAAAAAUUCUUUCGCUUGCAAACAGAACGAGUGCGCUUUCAAGUGGCCAAGCAACGCCUCCUGGAUAGGAUCAGGGCCAAGCUGGAAGAUUGGGAGCAAGAACUGUAGCUAACUUAUAGAAACAUGAAGCCAAGUCGAACUGUUCACAAA